CUGACUGGCCGACUAAGUCUUAAUGAGGAGGAUGGCAGCACCGAGAUCAAUCGGCUGGGCACCGGCGCGGAGUUGCUUUCCGCGGUUUGCGACUCGAGACUGCCUCAAGACAGGGUGCAGUUGAACCUGGAGGAUAUGCCUGAGGAAGGAAGUACUCUUCUCCCAGAGUACGAUGGCACGCCGGAGGAGUUCUCCAAACAGCCGAUUCUGAGAAUUCAGCAUACACGGUUCGGCUGCGGCUCCGUCUCCCUGGGUGUUCGUGUUAGCCACAGCGUGUGCGACGCGCGGGGCUUCUUGCAACUCGUGGAAGACCUCGCUGAGAUCUACCGGGGUCUGAUUUCAGCUACUCCGUGGGAAACACCUCUGAGCGAUGUCUUUCUACAGAAGCCCCCGUGCAUUAACUCGUACUUGGCCGGUGUCAAGAUGAGCACAGAAGAGGGGAAGAAGGCGUUGAACUUUCGUCCGGACGAUUACGGAGUUGAUCAACAGCCAAAACUGGAGACCUUUACGUCCGAUAAGCCCGUGACUGGGAGGUUGCUGCUGUUUUCGAGGAAGGAACUCGACGCAAUAAAGGCCGCGGCAAGUGAUUCCCAUCAACACCGAUGGGCGUCGACAUUUGAGGCGCUCUCGGCACACCUCUGGUUGAGUGUCCAACGAGCACGGAAGCGUUAUGAGGAGUCAAACACGACAAACGGAACUGCUCGUCAAUCUGAAGAGACGGCAGAUCUUCUCACUUCACUGGAUUGGAGAUCAUCAGAGCGCCUUGGCCUUCCCCCAAGAUACUUCCCCAACGCGGUAUCAGAGCCAUACGUAACCGCAUCGCUCAACAACCUUUCUGAAGCAUCGCUGCCGAGGACUGCACAGAUCAUACAUGAUGGCUUGCGAGAAAGGAUAUUGGCAGACCAAAAGGAUACUUUGCUAUGGGUCGCAGCCCAGCCGGACAAGAGGAAAAUUAGUCUCCGGUUCCGGUUCAAUGACAAAAGCUUCAUCGUCAGCCAGUGGAAUAAACUCGAGAUUUACGGUGUUUGUUUCGACACUGACGGGCAGGGACGACACAUGUAUCCAGACAGGGUGUGGCCGCCUUUUACCGUGGCUUCGCUAGCGGAUGGUCUUGCUUAUUUCCUACCGACGAGAACUCAAAACGACGGUGGUGCCGGAGGGGGUGACAUCGAGGUUGCCUUGUCAUUACACGAGCCACUCUGGGACAUACUGGAGGAGGAUGGAUAUCUCAGAAGAUUCUCGUGA